AUGAGUGACAAGGGAGCCACGGCGCACUUUGCCGCCUACAGUGCCAUCGCAAUCUGUGCCGUCAGCAUUGCUUCCAUCGUCUUCUACCUACCUUACAUGUUCGCUCAGCUCAACAACGUUCGAGCUACUCUUGCUUUCAACAUGGAGGAGUUCAACACUCUUCAGGUAUGUAUUUGUAUUCGUUUCUAAUCUAAAACAAACAUUUCAGGCCGAGGUUUGGGGGGAUAUGGUUCAUCUUCGUGGAGAGGUGCCAGGAAUCAAGAGACACACGGUCAAGAGACAAGCUGGCAACGAGCAGUGCAAUUGUGACGAGCAGAACUUGUGCCCAUCAGGACCAAAGGGACGGCCAGGAGCUGACGGACUCGACGGACUUCCAGGAACUCCGGGAGAGCAGGGAGAACAAGGACUGGCUGGAAUCACUCCGGAAGCCGAGAAGGCGAAGGACGGAUGCAGAGUGUGCCCUCCUGGACCAUCAGGACCACCAGGAUACCCAGGACAACCAGGACCACAGGGUCUUCCAGGAAACCAAGGAGAGCAAGGAGAGAUCGGACGCGAAGGAUCGCCAGGUCCACAAGGAGCGCCAGGAGACAUGGGAAUGAUGGGCGAAGCAGGAAAGGAAGGCGAGAAGGGAGUGCCAGGACGCGAGGGUGUUCGCGGCGAGAAGGGACCUUCCGGACCACCAGGACUGCCAGGACUUGUCGGACCAAAAGGAUUCUCCGGAAACAGCGGACCACCGGGUAAUCCAGGAGAGCCAGGACCGGAAGGAGAGCAGGGACCGCCGGGCAAGGACGGAGCUCCAGGAUACGACGGAGGUUUCGGCAACUACGGAGAGCCAGGACAGCCAGGAGAGGACGCCGGAUACUGCAAGUGCCCAGCUCGCAAGCAGAGAAAACAUUAG